AAUGGUAUCCCUUAGCGCGGACGAGCUCGGAUUUUGAAUCCCACUCAGCAUAUACCAAUUAUUCCAGCAUCACCCACUGCGAUAUGGCUCAAAAAUUAUCCUGUGGCGGUACGCGGUAUAAGAUGGACGACUUUCUCACGUCAUCUGGCCUCCACAUCUUGAACAUCAAUUUUGUUCAAAGACUCAAAAGGACAUCUCGAUCAAAAGUGUACAUUCCAUACGUCUCAGUGUGACCCUACAUUAUUUAUUGAGACGCUGCAAUCAUUCUCGACACACGUCAUCAUGGGCGCACUACCACCGAACGAGCAAACCAUUCUCAUUACUGGCAUUUCCGGCUACGUUGCUGCGUGGAUCGCCCAUAGCUUCCUUGAAGCCGGAUACAAUGUUCGCGGCACCGUCAGGUCGGAGAAAAGGAUCGACGGGAUCAAGAAAGUGCAUGAGAAAUACGCGGACAAGCUAUCCUUCGCUAUUGUCCCUGACAGUGUGACACCAGGCGCCUUCAACGAGGCUGCCAAAGGAGUGAUAGGUAUCAUCCACACCGCUAAUCCCUUCGUCCUGAACCCCAAGGACAAUGAAGAAGAACUUCUAACGCCGUCAAUCAACGGUGUCAUCAAUGCACUAGAAGCUGCUCAUACGCAAGGUUCCAAUGUUAGUCGAUUCGUGCUCACCGGCUCCUUCGCCAAUAUCCUUGACCUUUCAAAAGGCUAUCGUCCCGGAUAUGUUUACUCUGAGGCUGAUUGGAAUCCUGCCACUUACGAGGAGGCCAAGAAUUCAGACAGCGGAGCCUUCUCCUACUGUGCUGCCAAAGGGCUGGCCGAACGAGCCGGGUGGGAUUGGAUGGAGAAGAACACGCCUGCAUUCGACUUUGUUUCCAUUGAUCCUCCUUGGAUCUUUGGUCCUACUCUAGGAGGCAUCAAGUCAUUGGAACAUCUCAACGAGUCGACAGAGGCCAUUUGGAAAUUGUUGGACGCAAAGGAAGUGCCUCCAGUGGACUUUGGCGGGUUUGCCGAUGUUCGUCUGAUUGGAGAGGCCCAUCUGAAAGCAUACGAGGUUAAAGAAGCUGGAAAUCAACGAUUUCUGGUGGGCAGUCAUUUUGAUUACCAGACUGCAGUUGAUCAUCUCCGCAAAGACCUCCCGGAACUGCGUGACCGACUUCCAGAGGGUGUCCCAGGAGCAGGGUUGACACAACCACUGUACCAGCUAGAUGGGAGCAAGGCCCAAAGGGUGUUGGGCAUCGAAUACAUCCCCCUUGACGUGAGUAUGAAGGACACUAUGACAGGCUUGCUCGAGGCUGCGAAGCAGCUGAAAGGAUAAGUGAUCGUCAUACUUGCGUACGAAUAGUUCUCUCGCUUGCAACUAGGGGCCAUGCUAAGCAGUGAUAUCAACCAUGAAUAUAAUUGUCUUGAGAUAAACGAGCCUUCCGGUCUGCGGGACUUACCACGAAGGAAACCUUGUACCCCAUCGACUUUGACUCAAGAAUGUGCGCGGGUAGCAUCAGCGUGCAGGAGACACAUCGUGACAUAUGGUGGCCUCAAGCUGUAGGCCUCCCUGAAUUGGGCAUGAUGGGGUCUCAAGCCGAUGGAGUCUGUCAUUCGUAUGUGACCCCAAAAUGUUGUUUCUGCCCAGCACAUAAAGUGGAUUCGAGUGGGCCUGGGAGUGCAGGCGGCUGAAUUGAAUGGAACGAUAUUACGCAAGGGAGGUUACGAUUUCACUUCCACGACUCGAGCCACAAGUCAGACCAGGCACGGCAUCGAUCCGAAGUUUUUGCAUUUCCGCUGCAGCUGCAGCCCUUCCAGGUUUGCACAUCUGUUGGCGUACGCAAAAGCACGAGAUUGUUGCAUGCAAGGGAGAAAAGAAGCAUUCACUGGUUGGCGGCCUCGCAAGCCCAGCUGGAUGUCAUCAGCCUUCCCAAGCAUGAAGGCUGAUGACUGGAGAAAUCUGUGCAUGUCUGAUUGGAAGUUUAGUCGAUAAUAGAGACCUGUGCCAAUUGGAAUCUCGAGACCUUGUCGACUUCGGAUGAGGAAUAAUCCGUAUGUACAACGCUGCAAGUCUGAGAAAGAGGAAAGGUAGAGACUGUUUGGGCCUUGGCUGCGUGGUAAAAACCAAAUGGAGGCAUGUGAUGCAGAAGAACAGAGACAGAAUGGCGUGGUCACUGCAGUCACUGUGGUCUAGAUGGAUGUGAUCAGCACUGUAGUCCCAGGGGAAUGUCGUUCCAAGGGAAACGAUCGACAUGACUUAAAGUGGUUUGUACACUGGGAUGAUGAGUUUGCGGUGGAUUGCCAACCAUGCCAACCUUGGGAACGAUUUGGCAAAGGCUACAAGGACCAUCAGGGCACCACUGGGCAGCUAAAGGACAAUCUGUCAGUGACUAUACCCCGUCGAGUCGUCAGUGUCCCCCGGCUCUGGCGCCAGGCACGGGUCUCUAGGCUUGGCUGGGGAUCUCUUGGUCAUGUUUAGGCUCCCGUUGACCAGAUUAGAGAUUGGGACCUACCUCAUUUGGUCAAGGGUGGUACCCAGCUUGGCUGCCGGGUGGCCCCUCGGCCCACAAAGCCUUCAAGGACCACAUCUUUAAGCGGGGCCUGUUUAACGACCCCUCUUUAUCAUGAUUACCGUACCUGGCCACUUGUGCCACUCUGAGUUUCAAGGGACAGCCCUGUGGGAAUCGAGUCAAGAGAUAGCAAUAGUGUGCUCAGAGGUGGUCCUCAGUGACUACUGACCAGUCAUUGAUAAUCCAGUACACUGCAGCGUCCCUGUAUAUGAUAUAUAUGUAGAUUGAUACAGUCUUUCUGUAGAGAGAACAAG